CUGGACGAAGCCGGUGACAGUGCAGCGCCGGCUCCGCCGCCGAGCCGUCCUUCCGGCCCCACAAUGGAGGGCGAGAUCAAGUCGGGCUUCCUGUACGUGCCGCCAACCAACUGGCUCCAGCACCUGUUGAGCAAGCCGUGGGUGCAGAAACAGUGCGUGCUGUACCCGGCCAGCCGACAGGGCGUCAAGCGGCUCGAGCUGUUUGACCUGACGCCGUCGCUGCACCGCAAGGAGCCCGCCGCGCUCAUCAUCCCGCUCAACGACUGUCUCAAGAUCGCCCAGGAGCGCCACAAGCAGCGCGACUUCGUCUUCUCGGUGGUGACGAGAGACGAGUCGCACGUCUUCGGAGCAGUGAGCUUGCAGGAAAUGCAGAAAUGGGUGGAAGCUCUCCAGAAGAUUGCUUUCGGAAAUUUGGAAGCCUACGAGUGCCCGAAGAUGCUAGCAGCAGCGGAAAGACUGCAACAGGAAAUUCUUGAUGACAACGACUUGUAUGGGCUUGCGGACGGUGGCGAGGCGAAACGCAACACGUUCGUCGUGUCGAUCGACGCGAACGAGAUGGCGAGCCGGCUGCAGCUGCGCGGCUCGCACCUGCUGGAGGUCUCGGCCGACGCCGUGCUGCUGCGCUCGGCUGGCGACCGCCGGCUGCGCUACACGUGGCUCUUUCAGCACAUUCGGCGGUACGGCCAGACGCGCGGCGGCUUCCUGCUGGAGACGGGCCGCAGCAGCGAGACAGGCGCCGGCCUGCUCAUCUUCCGCACGGCCAGCGGCGCCCUCGUGCAGAAAUGCCUGCUGCGCGCCAUAAGCGCGUACGAGAGCUCGCGCCGCAGCAGCGCGCCCGACCUGCCGCUGGGGUCGGUGCUCACGCUCGAGCGCAAGAGCGCCGCGCGCCAGGCGGCCAUCGCCAAGCCGCCGCGACGUACGAAGGGCGCGCCGGCGGAGGCGGCGGCGGCGACGGCGGCGGCGGCCGACCUGCCCAACGUGGUGCCGCUGGCCGACAAGCAGAGGCUGUUCCUGCAGAGCUUCGAGCAGCCGACGCACGCUGACCCGCUCUACGAAAGUGGCGAGAUGAUGUACGACGAGCCCAAACAGCGCAGGUCGGCCUGGCGGGAGCUGGGGAGCGGCGGUGGCUCGGCCGAAGGGGAGACGGCCGGCCACAGCGCCAACAGCCGCAGCUCCAGUUCGUACUCGUGCUUGCAGCACCUAACGCGCUCCACCUGAAGCGCCAGGCGAGCAGUACGCACGCCUCAACCCGCUGAGCGCUCGCGUUGCCGCUGCGCGUACCGCCGACGAGCUGUGCGACGCGCCGAGCGCCGGCGCCUCCAGCAGUCGUAUCUACGAGAACGUGCCGGACCCUGACAAGGAGACGGCCGCGCCGGCCACCACCGCAGUCGCAGAAAAGCCCCUGCAGCAUGUCGUGAUGAACGAUGACAUGUACGCCGUCGUGGACAAGCCGGCUCUCAACUGAACCGUCCCCAGUCAGAUGAGAAUCUGGGAAUCUGAGCCGUCUCCACCAGAAGCGCCUGCCGGAAUGUGAUGCCACGAACGUUCGCCAUCCGGUUCUACUGGUGUGGCGGUACGCUUGUGAUGUGUUUACUUCGCUUAAGCGUUUGCGUAUAAUUACUGGCAAAAGCUGUGCCUUUCAGUGAUAAUGACUUAGUUGAGAAGGUGAGGAUACGAACGCAGUUAUGUCUUAACUUCCCACAGCGCAUCGCCACCCAAAGCCUCUGAUAAUUUGCUCAGAGUCUGGGGCGCGGUACCACUCUCGCGGUUCGUAUAUCCUUGGUGCACGAUGAAUCAAAUAGCAUAUGUAUGCAAGGCCAAAAGUGUGGUGAUAUGUGCGUGUAUUGAAUAGAAUCACCUGUAAUAGGCAAACAAAGAUGUGAAAGCUGGGGCCACUGUUGCCCCCCCCCCCCCCCCCCCGCCUUUCUCUUACAUUACCACCAACGCACAUUUCGUGGAAGUUUCACAGUCGCUUGUGCCAAAAUUAUAGUGAUCCCUGCAAAAAUUAUCUUUAAAAUAAGAGCUCAUCCUCCACUUGCAGAUAAAAACGAGGCAUCAGUAUGCAGUUGAAUUAUCCAUUUGUGCCUCACAACUGAGGGUCCUCCGAGAAAACCACAUUGUCCCGGCUGGAGCGCCAUCAAGUUUGCAGACACGCGCCACUUUUUUGUUCUAAGAGAUGAGCAUGACCAAACGCUGCGUCUUGUGGAUCGUGGCAUCCCUAAUACACUG